AUGGUCGCAAAGGCUGCGCCUGCUGAGGUCGAUAAAAAGACCACAGCUGCUCGGAAGAAGAAAGGCUCCGCGGGUGGUAGGAAGAAGCUCACCGAGUUCAACAAGUUCAUGCAGACCGAGGUUGCUCGGCUGAAGGAGCAAGACCCGAACAUGCCCCACAAAGAAAGGUUCAAGCUGGUAAUCGAGAACUGGAACAAGCAGAAGGGCAAAUAG